ACCUAUCUUUGGCAACUGACAUGGCGGACGAAUCUGUUAAGUAGAGCUUUUUCUGUGAGUCCCAGGUUCUUGUUUACUAGAAUUGAACACAGAAGCGUUUCUUGAUCUCUUCAACAUGUUUGGAAGAAAGAAGGAUCCUAAGGAGCAAAUGCGACAACAGAAGAGGGAGCUGAACAAAACGCAGAGACAAUUAGCGAGAGAUCAGACUGCACUUGAAAGACAAGAAAAGCAAUUGGAGGCAGAGAUCAAGAAAAUGGCAAAACUUGGAAACAAGCAGGCUGCAACAACCUUAGCCAAGCAGCUGGUAAAUCUACGAAAACAGAAAGCUAAGAAUAUGAAUGUAAGUUCUCGCGUGAUGGCUAUUGGACACCAGACACAAACCAUGCAUUCAACAGCAAAAAUGGCUGGAGCCAUGUCAACUGCAAGCAAGACCAUGGGAAGUGUAAAUGCCCAGAUGAAUCCAGCUCAGUUGCAAAAUACUCUACAAAACUUUGAAAUGGAGUCGUCAAAAAUGGACAUGAAAGAAGAAAUGAUCAAUGAAACUUUAGAGUCAAUAUUGGACGAGUCUGGUGACGAGGAGGAACAGGAGGCAGUUGUCAAUCAAGUUCUUGAUGAGAUCGGCAUUGAAAUCUCUGGAAAGAUGGCAGAGGCACCCUCUGCACAUGGGGGUAAAUUACCAAUGGGACAGCGAGCAACAGCUUCCAAAGGGUCAGCAGAUGCCGACAUCGAAGAGAUGCUUGCUAAUCUUAAGGCUUAAAUAUGUCUAAUAGAUCUGGGGAGUGGAUAGACUUUCCAUAAAACACUGAGGUGGUACUCAUUGUACCUUUCAUUUAGUUACCAUUUUAGGGUGUUCCAUUUCAUUUCAAAUUUUAACAGUCAGUUUUCUUUUAUUGGGUGCUACAAAUGGCAUCCCCAUCACAUCUCUAUAGGAGUUUCUCCUACCCCAAGUAGAAGAUUAAACACACCUUACAGUUCUAAAAGAAACUACCCUGGUUAUUUUCAGAAUUGGUAGCCUUUUCCAGUAAGAUUGCCAACUCCUUUAGGGAAUUGCUACUCUUAGCACUGUUGUAAAUAAACAAAAUUAUGAUAUUAAAAUGAUAAUAGAAAAUUUACUCAUUGAAUUUCGAAGUGUGCAACUAGCUAGUUCAGGUAUUUUGGAGUGGAUGUGAGAAGUAGCUGCAAGUGGUAUCUGUCAGUCGUUUAUCAUUGGUUUUUGACUGCCAGUCCUGCUCAAAGGAUGUAACUGUCACUACUUUUGGAAGGUAUUUCUUGCUAAAAUUGUGAAAUUUUAAUUGUUAGGGUUGAGCGGUUGCACUUUGGAACUUAACAGUACAUGUAUAUCACUUAACUACAAUCUCUAAUUAAAGAAAGUUUUAAGAGUGCAA